UACAGUGUGUUUUUUCUUCAAGAUUCAAGAGAGUUAGUAGGGAGAGGCCUAGGAUUACUCAUGAAAAACAUAUUUAAUAUUUUAUCAGUGUUACGGAUUUAGCCACAUGUUCUUCUAUUCGGCAAUAUGUUUGUGGUUAUGUGUUUUCAUACAUUUGGCCCAGUCCCAGGAGAAUGUCUCCAUUGACUCCUCAGAAAAUGAGCUGACAGUGAACGUCACAGGUGCUGACAGCAGCAAACAGUAUCGACUCGGUUACGCCACCGGUACCGAGAACCUGACAUGGAUAGACCUGGUCGGAGGGGAUGCUUUCACUUAUCUACACUACACAAUUAUAGGCUUAAGUCCAGGGGCCACCUAUCUAGUCAAGGUGGAGAAAUCCGGUACUGAAAUUUACAGUCAACCAGCUACCACAAAUCCUCUCCCACCAGUCAUUGUCAAGGUCAAAGAAGCAGGGACAGAUUACCUGACCAUCACCUGGGAAACGGACACAAAAAGUAUUCAAGAUGGAGGCCAGGUGUUUCUUUCUUCCAAUGAAUCUCAGGUUCAACAGUUCACAGCAAUGUCUGGAAAACAGGUCAACGCCACUAACCUACGACCCGGGGUUCAAUACUCGAUCAUCGUAGUAACGGUCAGCAAUGGAAAAACAAGUAAAGAAUCAGGGGCAAAGAUUGACAACACAGUACCUCUGCCCCCCACCCUGACCUCCGUACAGGCUGUGGAUACUAAGACCUUGAUGGUGGUGUGGAAGACAGAAGGGGGUCAUGACGACAUUUUCCUGACGGCCACUUACAAUGACACUAACAAUGCUCAGCAGACAGAGAAGCUCACCUGUAGAAUGUUGAUACACCUGUGUCUGGUGGACGUCCCGGGGAUUCCUGGUCAGAAGUUACUGAUCCAGGCUUACACCACUAAAGGACUGAGACAGAGUGUCCCUCACAGCACACUACACUCCACAAAGCCUCAGACAGUCCUGGGUUUGUUGGACAACUCCAGCUCCACCUCUCAUCUUCAUCUCACGAUCCUCCCCCCGACUUACUCUUACUUUAACCUAUACAAUAUAGAGGUGUUGAAGGAGAAUGGAUCGGAGCUGCUGUUUGAUCAGAACAUCUCGCUGAGUCACGAUGAGACAGACAUAUUCCUGUGGAACCUUACGGCUGGCACCUUGUAUAACUUCUCUGUCACCACUCGAACAAUCUGGGAAGAAAGUGACAUAUACUCCACAGAAUUUGUUACAUACCCUAACAGUCCAGAACAGUUGCAGAUAAAAGAGGUCACCAACUCCAGUGUGACCUUGACCUGGAUGCCAGUGACCUCUGGUGGCCUGGAUUAUUAUCAGUGUAGUAUAUCUCCCAGGGAAACCAACACACAGUCUCCAGUAGAACAAGAUAACCUUCAGAUCAGACAAGUGACCUUCAGUAACCUUGUCCCUGGUAAGAAUUACACAGUAGCUGUCAGAGCUGCCAAACAGAAAAAGCUGAGUCCCCAGAUCACAGCAGAGCUACUCACAGUUCCAAAUCCACCAGAGAUGGUGAACAUAACUCCCAUCAGUGGCAGAGAACUGGAUGUUGAUUGGUCACCACCAUCCAAUGGAAUUGUGGAUUACUAUACUCUGUACUUGACAGCAGACCACACCCACCCAAUCAAUGUUACAGAGAAAGUGUACAUAAGCUACCACAGGUUUACCUCCCUUCACCCCGGGGAGACCUACACAGUCCAUAUCAGGUCACACGUAGCCAACAUGAUGAGUUCAGAGGUCACCCAGUCAGCCAUGACAAACCCCAGCUCUGUGGCUGAGCUGUAUGUGGACCAUGUAGGAACCAACACAGUUAAUAUUUCCUGGCCCCGACCUAAUGGCAGUACAUUUGACACCUUCCAGAUUGCUAUAGACCCGCCUCACGCACAGUCCCCCAUCUCCAUCCCAGAAUCGAGUGACAUUUUACAGUACACCUUCUCUAACCUGACCCCUGGUCAGCUGUACAAGAUCUCCAUCACCACGGUCAACAAGGGAACUCAGAGUGACCAGGCCAGUGUCCAUGUCAUCACAGAGCCAUUGCCUGUGGAAGAUUUGAAUGUGACCUCUGGUGACCCCCACUCUAUCAAUGUGGAGUGGAGAACAGUGGACCCCAAACAACAACACCACUUCAAUCUUCAGUACCAUGACUGGUUAGACAGUGGUAAUACAUCUUUGCCCAUGGUUCUGGCCCUCCAUGACAAGUUUGAGUACGAGACACACAUCCUAAAUCUGAGGCCAGGCCACCAUUACUCUGUAUACGUCCAGGCUAAACAGGUGGUGGAUGCAGGGAACGGCUCCCUUGUAGCCUACAGCUCCUGGCAGAGUGUCAACAAAACCACAAAACCCAACAAGGUCAUGGAUUUGACCUACACUUCGUCCCACAAUGACAUCACCCUGACAUGGUUGCCAGGCAACGACAGUAUACAGGACAGUUACUUUGUCUGGUACCGUGCCCGUCUCCAUGGCGACUACAGUCAGUGGAAAAAAAACAUCAGUGACAAUACACAUAUUGUCCUCUCUUCUUUGUUCCCUGGACUUCUGUACGAGAUGGUGGUCUUUGCUGUCAGCCAUUCUGAGAUGAGUCCACCCUCAGUUGUGUCUGCACUAAUGCCCCCCCUGCCUCCUAGCAGUGUAGAAAUUACAUCCAUCACCAAUAGCAGCCUCUCUCUGAGGUGGACGUAUAACAGUAACACGACCUACAUAGAGAGCUGGAACCUGACCUACACCAGUCUGACAGAUGGCAUGUCUAACACAGUUAAUGUCCAGGCCAACUCCUCAGACAGCACAGUCAGAUACAAUAUCACUGGACUUACUUCUGGACACACUUAUAAUAUCACCAUCUACAGUAUUGUGCAAAAGUCUGUCUCCAAGUCUGUGAAUUUGAAUGUUUCUGUCCAGCCAGAAAUAAAGACAGUUUUGUCGGAGGGAAAUGUUGGGAGUAAAAACAUCACAGUCUUGUACACUGACACUGACAACUACUUUGAGUAUUAUCUGUUUGAGCUGGUGGCCACAUCAACAAUAGUGAAGAAGAACAAGACAGACCCCGAUCGCAGCGUGGUGUUCUCAGGUCUCGAGGGAGGAACCCAGUACAGUAUCAAAGUGACUGCUGUCAGUGGGGACCAGUCCAGUUCUCCCACAUCUAUACAGAUACGUACAGUGCCAGAGCUACCCUACGUUGGUAGGGAGAAGACAGCCAAUUAUAUAAAGCUGACCAUCCAUAGACCAAGUGGUAAUGUGGAUUCUUACCGGGUCACCUGUUCACAAAGCUGUGGUUCAGAAACAAGGCCAGCAAACCAGACAACAGUUGUGAUAGAGUUCGGUCCCUUGAAUCCGUACACAGACUAUCAGUUUGAGAUUGAGGCCAUUGCUGGGGACAAACACAGCUCCCUCUUUAUCUCCUCCAGGACAGAAGAAACAGCUCCCUCUGCUGUGCAGAACUUGAAUGUGGUUGAGAUUUCACCCAGGACUGUAAAUGUGAGCUGGUCACCCCCUAGAAAUCCCAAUGGAAUCAUCCGCUCCUAUCGCAUAACAUAUACUGCUGUGGAUGAAUUUGGGCACAUUAUGGACCAAGGAGAAAAGGACAUAGGAGUGACCACAGAAUUAAUGGCAGCUCAGCUUAUCAGGGAGAAAUUCACAGACCUUAAAGCUGGACUCAAAUACACAUUCAAAGUGUCAGCCAGAACUGUCAUAGAAAACAUUCCAGAGAAGUUUGAGAUUGUUCUACGCACCUACAAUCCACCUAUCAAAGACAGUCUGACCUUGAGUCAAACUAAACCAAAGCAGCUGACCUCUGGAGGUCAAACUGUGACCCCCUCCACCAUUACUGCCAACUUUACCAAUGCCUUCUCUGAUAAGUACGGCAGUAUACAGGCCUACACAGUCAUUAUAGCCACAGACCCUGACGAGGAGCACAUCAAAACCAGCACCCUGCCGGACUGGAAAGCUGCCCAGAUCAACCCUAACAUCAAGGCCUACCAGACCAUCCGGAACUGCUCGGACUUCUUCCAGCUGACCUCUUCCUGUGGUCGAGCUCGGUCCAAGCGGAGCGUGGGGGAUAAGAAUUUUAAAGUGUUUGAGAUUGGUGUGGAGGCUGAUUGUAAUAAUGUGCUGUACUGUAAUGGUCCACUCAAACAGAACACUAAGUACUACGUCAGACUGCGGGCCUAUACAGCGGGGGGAUACGCUGACACUGCUUAUUCAGAUCCUAUCAUCACAGGUAUAUUAUUUUAG